CAUGCAGUUUGUUCCCAGUAGAAAAUAUUGGAAUUAUUUCCCAUUUAACUCAUUGAACAGUGAGGUAUCACAUACAGAUCUGCUCUAUUUAAGCGGAUACUAUCGAAGUUGGAAGAAGCAGUGCCAGGUAGGCUAUAAGGAUCGAUCACAUGUUCAGCUUUUUUGGAGAAAUUACAAUGGAACGGCGGAGUGAAAGACUGGCUAACCUCCAAAGGUUGAAUCCCAUUUCAUACCGAGAAACAGGAGUGAAGAGGGUUUUUAAAAGAAUCCGCAGGAAGCGCGCCUCUCUUGCGGCACAAGCAAAAAGGGAGCACCAAACAUGGACAGAGAGCUACCUGCAGGGAGGGUGUGGUACAAGCAGCUAUGAACCAGAAGACCAGAUGCAACCUUGCUGUAGUAAAGACCUGCCAGAUCAAAGGCACUUAAUUAUCCAACGUUGUUUUGAAUCUCCCAAGUUGAUGGACCCGAACCCUAAUAUCAUGAUAUGCCCGGAUCAACAGCCACUUGUUGUAGUUACAGAAAUACAGCAACUGAAAAGCCACAGUAGGCCCUGUCUUCUUGAAACUCAGACAUACUCAAGCAACAAUACAGCCACUUAUGCCUUCCAGAGUACAGUAGAACGUUCUAGGCCCAUCAUGAAGACGUUGAUUUUUCUGACACUGGUAUUUAUACUGGGCAUCUUUUCUGGAUUUCUAUAUGCCUUGGGUACCCCCUCUGAUGCCUACAAGCAGGUGAUGAAGUUACAGCUGAGUCGCCAGAAUGAGGCCCUUCAGCAACAUCUUCAGAAACACAUCUAUACUUUCCGCCAGCAAGUUACUGGGCUCCAGAGUCUCCUAGAUGCCUUUGUCAGUGUCCAUGGAUACUGGGAAAACCAGAAGCAUCGUUUUGUACAAGUGGGUAGCUCAGCCGUCGAGAGCAGCCGUAUCCAGAAGGAAGACUUUGCUUUGAAGUCUGCGGGUGCCUCAGUUGUGAAAUGCAGCAAAAGCUUUAAGACAGAAGCACAGGUUUGCAUGUUGGGAUUCUGCUGGGACUACUCACGGUCGCCAGAGGUCAUUCUAGAGCGGGACAAUACGCCUGGGAAUUGCUGGGCCAUGGAGGGAUCUCAAGGCUACGUAGUCAUCAAAUUGUCCCAAGAGAUCUGCCCAGUUGCUGUGACCCUGGAUCAUAUUACAAAGAUAGUCUCUCACACCGAAGAGAUAUCUAGUGCUCCAAAGAACUUUUCUGUCCAUGGAUUCAAAGAUGAUUUUGAAAAGGAAGAAGGAACCUUCCUAGGGUCAUUUGUCUACAGAAUUGAUGGUUUCCCUAUGCAAACAUUCAAGUUGGAGCCAGCAAAUUCAGAUAGAUUUAAGUACCUUCUGCUGAAGAUUUUGAGUAACUGGGACCAUCCAAACUACACCUGCAUCUAUGGUUUUCAUGUGUAUGGAGAAUGAGCAUAUUAAUUGAG